AUGCGACAAGACAAGGGCAAGUGUCAGAAAUUUAAAACAAAGAUGAAAGGAACAACUGCUGGAGCAGAUGACUGGAAAGCCAAAGCCGCAGAUCGGAACCUUGACGGAACCUCGCUCGACUCUCCAACUCGGAAAAGGAGGGGGAAAUGGCGUGAUAAUGGAGGUGGAAGAACGAAUUGCGGACUUCCGAUUACUGUUUCGACGAAGGCUUCGUCGAAAACGCUUCAAACUUCACCAGAUCUGUUCAAAAUCGUCAUCAGUCCACGUUCUCCAAUCAAUUUCUCUGACAAAUCUGGCCGGAAAAACAUUUUGAGCCUGCUUAUUGUUCUUUUUCGAUGGGGAAGAGGGAAAGUUGAAUUAAGAAAAAUAGAAAAUAAAAUAAAUAGACAAGAAACUUUCUCAAAGAGAAGAGGUGGAUUAGUGAAAAAAGCUCAUGAAAUUUCAGUUCUUUGUGAUGCUGAAGUUGCUUUAAUUGUUUUCUCUCAAAAGGGAAAGAUCUUUGAGUAUUCUUCUGAUUCUUGUGGUUAUGAAAAGAUUCUUGAACGAUAUGAGAGAUACUCAUAUGCAGAGAGACGUUUGCUUGCAACCAAUUCUGAAUCACUGGUGCAGGAAAACUGGAGCUUGGAAUAUACUAAAACUCAAGGCUAGAUUGAUCUCUUGCAAAGGAACCACAAGCAUUAUAUGGAAGAAGAUCUUGAUUCAAUGAACUUGAAGAACUUGCAAAACUUGGAACAACAGCUUGAUUCUGCUCUUAAGCUUAUUCGUUCAAGAAAGAACCAACUCAUGCAUGAGUCAAUCUCUGAACUGCAGAAAAAGGAGAGGGCAAUCCAAGAGGAGAAUAACAUACUUGCCAAGAGGAUCAAGGAGAAGGAUAAGAUAGUAGUGCAGCAAGGUGAACGGAACCAGCAAAAUCAAGUACCUGCUUCAACAUCUUUCCUCUUACAACCACAUCCAUGCCUGAAUAUGGGAGGUAAUUACCAACAGCAAGCAGCAGAUGCAAGGAGGAAUGAGCUUGACCUAAAUCUUGAUUCAUUAUACCCACUUUACCACAUGAAUAAACAUCUAUGAAUGUCACUCUUGCUGGUCUUCAAGCUCACUAUUAAGCUUUAUGUGGAGGAAAAUAUGUAUAAGAUUUUAAUUAACCUUUGCUUUGGAAAUUCUUAAUGUAUUGAGUAUCUUUAUAUUUGAGUAUGCAUGCAUGUAUAGAACCUUAUUAUUGUAUUUGUAUUAAUGUUGAAGUGUGUUAAUUCCUUAA